AUGCGAUUCCAAGCCUCCCCGGCAAAGACCGUUGACCGAAUCCUCCUCUGCGGACAAGCUCUCAAAAUACUCUUACCGCCUGCGACGCAACCAAACCGGGUUAUUAAAAGAGACCUGAGCUCAGGGAGCUGGUGGAAAAGAAGGGCCGAAACGGACGGGCAACCGGAGAAACUUUUCACGAUCCUGCGAAACCUACUCGACGACAUGCCAGCCAAGAGGACUGCAUCUGCAAUGGCCGAUGCGACGAAAUCCAAAAAGCGCAAGGAUGAGAAGAAGUGGUACGCUGUCAAGGUUGGUCUCCGACCGGGCGUGUACGAGACGUGGGAAGAGUGCUCAGAGAAUACCAACCACCAACGAGGAGCCGUAUACAAGUCCUUCACCUCUAAGGAAGAUGCGGAGGCGUUCGUGGCGGGAAAGAAGAUUCCGAACAGAGGCGGCAAGGCGGAACCCAUCAAGUACUACGCUGUAGCGCGCGGCAACUUCACUGGCAUCUUUCACGACUGGGACAAAGCCAGCAAGGCGAUCUACAAGUCAACGAAGCCCAAGUACAAGAAGUUCGACACCCUCGGAGAGGCAGUCCGAUUCAUAAAGGAGUAUGGCGACGAAGACACAAUCGACAAGGUUCAGACCCUGGUCGAUGGUGAUUCUGAGUUCGAAUCCGAGGUCGAGGAACAUGAUGAACUUGAGCCAGGCUUGGUUCAUAUAUACACGGACGGCAGUGGUCUCGGCAAUGGAUAUCCCAAGGCCCGGGCAGGCAUGGGCGUGUACUUUGGGCCCAGCGAUUCCAGAAAUAUCUCUGAACGUCUUGAGGGCGAGUACCAAACGAACCAGCGCGCCGAACUUUUCGCAGUCUUGCGUGCGCUGGAAAACGUUCCAGUCACAGAGGGAGUGCAGAUUCUCACGGAUAGUAGAUAUGCCAUCAAUUGCAUUCAGAAGUGGGCUCCGAUUUGGGCAGGUCGAGACUGGAAGACGGUAGCCUCUAGUAGCGACGUCACGAACAAGGACGUUGUCCAGGCCAUUAUGAAGAAGAUUGUUGAACGCGAGGCCAAGCACACGAGGACCGUAUUUACCUGGGUCAAGGGACAUUCGAAAUACCCUGGAAACGUAGAGGCGGACAAACUCGCUGUUGCAGCCGCUUAUUUGGAGCAGAAAAACCCUGUGAUGGAGAUUAAGGAAAGGCAGCAAGCAGAAGCUGCUGCGGAAGCUAAGAAAACCAAGACACGGAAGAAGCUGAAGUCGGAGAGACACGCAACUUUGAAGAAUGGAGAGAGUCCCGAAUUGGACCUCAGGUUUGAGAAGGAAGAAACUCCUGACCUCGACGACUACUCGAGCAUGCCUUAG